AUGUCUAGAUUUAUUAACCCUAGCUCUACGAGGCAGUCUGAUGAUACUAUGGAUGAUGAUACAGAUGAUAAGGAUGACACCAAAAGAAAAACGAGGAAUUUAAGUGAAAAGAAGCGUAGAGAUCAAUUCAAUCUUCUUAUUAAUGAACUAAGUUCCAUGGUGACAACCAACAAUCGUAAAAUGGAUAAAUCAACUGUUUUAAAGUCUACCAUUUCUUUCUUAAAAAAUCACAAUGACUUGGCUGUUAGAUCUCGCGCAAAUGAAAUUCAGGAAGACUGGAAACCUUCUUUUUUAUCUAAUGAGGAAUUCACCCAUUUGUUUCUAGAGGCACUUGACGGAUUCAUAAUUGUAUUCUCUUCUACCGGACGUUUAUUGUAUGUUUCUGAAAGCAUUAUUUCUCUCUUAGGACACUUUCCUAAUGAUUUAUUAAGUAUGACAAUUUAUGAUCUGGUGUAUGAAGGGGAUCAUUCAGAAUUAUAUAAUAUCAUCUUAGGACCAACUGCAGAGUAUGAUGAAGACAAUGAAGUAUCUUUUGUAUGCCACUGUAAAAGGGGAGGAUCGGAUGUGAAAGGAGAACCUGUCUAUGAAGUGGUUCAGUUCCUUGGGCAAUUUCGAAGUGAUGUUGACUCAGUACAUGUUGAUAAUGGCGUUUCUUGUCAUUAUAAUUAUCCAUCUGAAUCAGAUACAAGGUGGAUAUUUGUUGGUACCGGAAGACUUCAAACUCCGCAGCUGAUACGUGAACUUUCAAUAAUUGAUUCAACAAAAUGUGAAUUCACGUCAAGGCACAGUCUAGAGUGGAAAUUUUUGUUUUUGGAUCAUAGAGCACCUCCAAUAAUAGGUUAUCUUCCUUUUGAAGUUCUUGGAACAUCAGGAUACGAUUAUUAUCAUGUUGACGAUUUAGACAAAGUAGUGACUUGCCAUGAAGCUUUAAUGCAACAAGGUGAAGGCACUUCAUGCUACUAUCGUUUUUUGACUAAAGGACAACAAUGGAUUUGGCUUCAAACAAGGUUUUAUAUUACAUAUCAUCAGUGGAAUUCUAAACCAGAAUUCAUAGUCUGUACUCAUAGAGUUGUUAGUUAUGUAAAUGUGAUGAAACAAGGAAAUGGUUGUUUCGAAUCUGUAACCGAUGCUUCUGAAAAAUCGAAAUCAUAUUCUCGAAAUUCUCAAUGGAUUUCCAAAUCUGUUAGUAAGAGAGAAAAACAAGAAGGUUUUGAUACAAAUUCUAUGUCUGGAGACUCUCCAUUGUCUAGACAUUCCCUACCUGCAUUAUCUUCUCAUAAUCGGCAAAAUCAGAAUCGUGGUUGCAUCAAAAUUGAAACCAAACCUAAUGAAAGGACCAAUUAUUCAUCUCCUCCUUACUCUGUGGUGGGUGUCCAAUCUCAACCUGUUCUUCCUACACAGCGGGUGGAUCUGCUGGAAAGGAGACAAGAAGAACUGCAACAAAAAAUUGUUGAACAGCAGACAGAAUUAAGACAGGUGACAGAACAACUUUUCAUGGCGAAGUAUGGCUUGUUUUCUCCUGUGAUAAAUGUUGCUCUUCCAUGUCAACCAUCUCCCGAGGUUUAUGUUACUCACAGUACUCCAAUACCGACUAUAAUUGAUACUCAGCAGGUUCGUCUUGGUAAUCAAGCUGAAACAUUCACUCUUUCACAACAUCAAGCUGAUGUUCUCUUCAAUCCUCAAAUAGAAUCACCUAAUUCAACUAGAACCAGUCAAUAGAUUUUUUUCAUUUUUUAUUUUUAAUGCAUAUGGUCCUCGAGGAUUAAAGUUACUUAUUUAAAAGAAUGAUUGAAAGGACUGUUGACUAUUUGUGUAAUACAAAACUGUCUUGUAAGAUACUUUUUCCAACCCAAGCCAAGAUUGUUUCAGCUAUAUUUGUGGAUAGUUUUAGUUAAAAAAAUUACUAAUCAUCUAGGGCAGGGGUCUCCAAACUACUUCCCACAAGCACCUCCAAUCCAGCCUGUGAAAAUUUCUUUGAUUAAAUUGUAGAAUUUUAAAAACUAUUAAAAAAAAGAAGAAAUUUAGUAAAUCACUCAAAUACAUGGUUAAUACAUUUAUUGCAUACAUUGUUUCUCUUAGAAAGCUCAUUUUAUAACUGAAGUGUCAUUUAUAAGAAAACUUCUUUUGUUUCAUAACGAGCCAUGGUUCGCGGGACUUAGUGACAAUCUCAAAGCACUCUGCAGGACUUAGUGCUGGUAAAAAUGUGGCCCGCGAGCCAAAAAGUUUGGAGACCCCUGAACUAGAGGAAUAGCUCACCAUUAAGUUUACUUGGAUGAAAAAAAUUUUUUUUUUUCAUAGUGAUUUCUACAUUUUAUUUUAAACUUCCAUGCUAUUUAAUCAUUAAUUACUAUUUUUUAAAAAAAGGGGAAGGAAUGAUCUAGUUAAAAAUGGACAAAAUUAUUAAAAGACCAAGAUGAAAUCAUCUCAUCCUUCUCUCUGUUUCCAUUCUGC